AAUGGCGAGCUUUCACGUGGUGCGGGUCAGAGUGAGCUGGACGGCUCUUUUGGCUCUGGCCCAUUUCGUCUACCUGCUGGCUGGAGCCACCAUCUUCCGAAUACUGGAGCGAGAGGCCGAAAACUACAAUCGAAACCAUUUUCUGAUGGAGAAGCUGAAUUUCUUAGCAAAUUACACCUGCUUGGAUGGAGACGCCUUGGAGUACUUUGUUAAGGUGAUUUUAUAUGCAAAGAAAAAUGGAGUAAAUCCUUCAGGAAACUCCACAAACCCCACUAACUGGGACUUCAGCAGCUCCUUCUUUUUUGCAAGCACAGUCAUCACAACUAUCGGCUAUGGAAACCUCUCCCCGAGCACCGUGUCCGGCCAGGUGUUUUGUGUGUUUUAUGCUUUCUGUGGGAUUCCCCUGAACCUGGCCUUCUUCAAACAGCUGGGGAAGUGUUUCACUAUCCACCUGGGGAGACUGGAGAAGGGACUGGUCUCGGUUGUUCCUCACAAGCAAGCAUUUGAGGCUGUCGCGGCGAGUUUGUUCUUUAUCGCUGGCACUCUCCUGUUUCUGGUCAUCCCCCCUCUGCUGUUCAGUUACGUGGAAGGUUGGACAUAUGGCGAGGGCUUCUACUUUGCCUUCAUUACCCUCAGCACCAUUGGGUUUGGAGAUUAUGUGGUGGGUACCAACCCUGGAAAGACCUACAUCUUUCUGUACCGCAGUGUUGCAGGCGUUUGGAUCAUCUUCGGCCUCGCUUGGCUCGCUCUCAUCUUCAACAUGGCGGCCAGUAUAAUGGAGCAUGUGCUUGACCAGACUUACCCACGCUUCAGGAAACAAGAGGAGGCAGAGAACAUGCCAUCCAGUAAAACAGAAGCCACAUCAAAGAUCUGAAAAUGGACUGCAGACAGCACCAUAUACAAUGCGUCGAAUAUAUUUAGUGAGACUGUGUUAAAAUACACGAAGCAGUAUAAAACAGACUUCUACCUCAUUUAGGCCACACAAUCGGUGCUUUAAAUAUUUGCGUUGAACUUUGUCAUAAGAUGCAAACAGUUCACACAAAUGACACUUUUCUAAUCAAUUCUAAUUAUUCUCACCGAGAGCUAAAUUUUUCACAUAAUAUAUACAAAGGUAUGCUCAGAAAGUUAUGAGAACAGGUUGACAGAAGGGGAAAAAAAUCAAAAGCCUGAUUUGAUUUAAAUGUGGCCAAUCUCCCAUUCAGCACUAUUUUCUCAUGCACCACUGGACAGAUUUUAAACCUCUUUGCAUAAAUCUUCUUAUUUCCCUUUUCACUUUUAUUUUGUGAGCUCCUCCAGUGUGUCAAAAUCAUUUAACUUAAUAGAAAAUCUGGAAAGUAAGCCAGUUGGUACCUUAAGAUUGUGCAAGUGUUAUUGCAC